UCAGUGCAUCCCGCUUUGAGGGACAGAAAACAUAUUCCCGUUAAUCCCAGAAAAGCCGAGCAAGUGUUCAGGAAAGCUCUGGACCUGUGAACCUUUUUUUUUUUUUACUGGCCCAGGUGUCUUCAAAGAAAACCCUGCGAUGUCCCUCUGGCUGCCAGAGGAGUUGGAGGCUCUUCAUUCCCACACGUUCCGGGUGAAGACGUUCAAGAAGGCCAAGCACUGCGGCGUCUGCAAACAGAGCAUCGUCCAGGACGGACUCGUCUGCCGAGUUUGCCGAAUUGCUUGCCACAAGAAAUGUGAAGUCAAGGUGUCUUCCUCUUGUGUUCCAGCAACAAACUAUGAGCUGGCGCCGAGCAGUGACCUCCCUCUCAAACAUGUAGACACCAUGGGCUCGACAAAAUCCACAAAGAGCAUGGAGUCCCGGCGCCGACCAUCAAGGAGCGCCAGUCUGCUGCAGGCCCUGGAGGAGAGCUACGAGCUGGACCUGAUCUACAUCACCGAGAGGAUCAUCUCCGUGUCCUUCCCCAGCAGCGUGGACGAGCAGAGCUACGCCGCCAACCUGCAGGAGGUGGCGUCCAUGCUGCGCUCCAAACACGGACACAACUACCUGCUCUUCAACCUCAGUGAGAAGCGUUAUGACAUCAGCCAACUCAAUCCAAAGGUGUUGGACUUUGGCUGGCCGGACCACCACGCUCCCGCCCUGGACAAGAUCUGCAGCAUCUGCAAGGCCAUGGACACCUGGCUGACCGCGGACAGCCACAACGUGGUGGUCAUACACAACAAGGGCAACCGGGGCCGGACUGGAGUGGUGGUGGCCGCCUACAUGCAUUACAGCAACAUAUCUGCAAGCGCCGACCAGGCUCUGGACAGGUUCGCCAUGAAGCGCUUCUAUGAGGACAAAGUGCUUCCUGUGGGUCAGCCAUCACAGAAAAGGUAUGUGGAGUACUUCAGCGGCCUGCUCUCCGGUCACAUCAAGAUCAACAACAAACCCUUGUUUCUCCAUCACGUCAUCCUGCAUGGGAUCCCCAACUUCGAGUCCAAAGGAGGUUGUCGUCCAUUUCUCAAAAUCUACCAGGCCAUGCAGCCCGUCUACACAUCUGGGAUCUAUAAUGUUCAGGGCGACAGCCAGACAAGCAUCUGCAUCACUAUCGAACCUGGUCUUCUUCUGAAAGGGGACAUCCUGCUGAAGUGCUACCACAAGCGCUUCCGCAGCCCGUGCCGGGACGUGAUAUUCCGGGUGCAGUUCCACACGUGUGCCGUUCACGACCUGGGGAUCGUCUUCGGGAAGGAUGAGCUCGACGAGACGUUCAAAGACGACAGGUUUCCAGAGUAUGGAAAAGUAGAGUUUGUUUUCUCCUUCGGGCCGGAGAAGAUUCAUGGUCAAGGUAUGGAUCACCUGGAGAACGGGCCGAGCGUGUCGGUGGACUACAACACCCAGGAUCCCCUGAUUCGCUGGGACUCGUAUGAAAACUUCAACCAGAGCUGUGAGGACCAAGCAGACGAAGUCAUCCAUACCCAAGGACCCCUGGACGGCAGCCUCUACGCCAAAGUUCGCAAAAAGGAGGCUGUUGAAGGAGCAGUCACAGCGAAUGGCCUUCCUCCCACUGCUGCGGAACAUGCCCUCCCCGUGGUGGACCACGCCUUAUCAGUGAGCAGUGACUCAGGAAACUCCACCGCCUCCAUCAAAACUGACCGGACUGAUGAUGCGGCAGCAGCCCCUCAUGCAUCCACAGUGAGCCAGACACACGUCCCUGUGGCUGAGGAGUCAUCCUCGCCCCAUCGCCUCACACCACCUGCCCAACAACCGAUCAGUCCCCAGGAGAAACAGGAGCUGGAGCAGCUUCUGAGUGGACUGGAGGGGCCCAUGCACCGACAGGGCUACCUGGCCACCCCGACAUCUGCUGUUGGAGGGAUGCUUCACCUGGUGCCUGCCCAGGUCCACGUCAAUGGGCACACUAGCAUUGACCGUGAAACAGACAUUUUAGAUGAUGAGCUUCCUACCAGUCAAGAGGGCAACAGUGUGGACAGUCUAGGGACGUUCUCCUCCACUGAUGGGAGGGCCACACCAGCCGACCUCUACUACCAGUCGGAGUCACUGAUCAAUGGUCAGGACCAUGUGCCGUAUCUGGAGCGCAGUGCUCCAGAAAAGCCUCUGGAGACCGUCCAGCCACAUGUUGGCAGACCCGACAAACCUGUCACUUUAAGCCAAAGUGAUUCAGCGCCAUUAUCGGUUACUUACAUGGCCACCCAGAAUGGCAGUGUGUACCGCUCUCAGUCAUUCGGUGAAGAACCAAAGUCUAUGCCACCAGCUCCUGCUCGCACCACAAGUAGCAGGGAUGCCGUCCAGCGUGGUAUUAAUGUUUGGCAGCGGUUCGGUGUACCUGAGGAGCCAGUAACUGAAGGAUUUACUUUUAGUUCACCUCCCUCUGUAGCAGUGAUGCCCAGCCACCACAGCCUCCCACAGUUCCCUCAUCGCCAGAGCGCCUCCCAGCAAGAGAUUGAGCAAUCUAUCGAAACCCUUAAUCUCCUCAUGCUGGACCUGGAUCCAGCUUCCACACCGGUGCCAAAGUCCCAAAGUGCUCCACUGUGGGAAAACAGUGUUGUAGUGACCACACAGCCGUCCUUUUCCCAGAGCCAAACCAGACCCUCCUACCAGGGUGAGUCUGCCAUUCACUUUUCAGGUUCUGUGUCACCAGCUCUGAAGUCAGCUGGAAAACCGACGACACCAGAGCCUCCACCAGUCCAUGGAUCACUGAGUUACAUCUCUGAAACCACUGGAACAAGUCCUCCCUCACAAGUCUCCCCUGCUGUAGUGGGACACUUCCAGCUGAAGCCCAUCAACACCUAUCCACCGAGCACACUGUCCCAUUCUGCAGAGGUGUCUGAGCCCCAGAGAACCACUGCAUCAGCAUCACCUCAGCCGAUAGAGAGUGAGGCCAAUGAUGACUUCAACGUGGAAGGUCUGGUGGCUCAAAGAGUGGCUGGUGUCCAGGCCCGUGUGCUGUCCCUGGACGAGACCGCGACUCUGCCUCGCCAGCGCCUCGCCAGCGACGGCCAGUAUCAGAAUGGUCCGGACGACGACCCGUCCCCUGAUGUCCCAGUUCGAUCCCCUGUGCGAUGUGUGUCUCCGGAGUUUGUCAAUGCCCUAGCGAUGAACCCCGGUGGGCGGCCGAAGGAGAGAAAUAUGCACAGCUACCGGGAGGCCUUCGAGGAAAUGGAUGGAGUCCCCGUUAGUCCUUCACCCACACUUGGUGGUGAGGUGUUUCCCCAAACCCCUGCCUUCCCCAUCUCGCCGCAAACCCAUUACUUCAACCUGUGUCGGUCCCCUCCCGGUCUUGCCAGGACUCCACUGUCAGCCCUCGGCUUGAAGCCCCACAACCCAGCAGAGAUCCUCCUGCAUCAAACUGGCUCAGCACCAAGAAGCUACGUGGAGUCGGUGGCGAGGUCGGCAUCGGGAGGUGGAGAGGCGCCCACGUCACCACUGAGCCUCAGUCCACUGGGAGAGACACCAAACCAGCAGAGAAGUCUGAGUCCCUCCACCCACACACUGAACCCUCCUCUGUCCAGCAGCAGUCCCAUCCAGAGCUCUCAAGAUGAGCAUCCUUUAGCAGAGAGCAGUGUUAGCACUCCGUCCCAGCCCACUACUGAUUCAGGCUUCCGCUCCCAGGCCACAGACAGCGCCUACCCCACUCCCACCCCCUCCUACCAGGCAGUGAACACUCCCACCUCCUCCUACUUGGACUCCAGCUCUCCAGCCUCCUUCUACCACGGCACUCCCACCCCUGCAAUGUCUUACCUUGGCCCAAACACUGUCCUGGGGAGAUAUGGGGCCUCAGACUCAAGCCUGCACACCUCAGGACCCCCCCAGAACACCCUCAGCCAUGGAGGUCCCCAUGCACUGCAACGGACCAACAUGUACGGCUCCACUCACAGUCCCGUCCUGCAGCAGCACUCGAGUGCUCACCAGGACGGUUCAGUCAUGUGUCAGCAAACAUCAACAGCUAAUGGUUAUGAUGUGGGCGUGCCGGGUCACAUGCCGGGUCACAUGCCGGGUCACAUGCCAGGUGGCAGUCCCAUGCUGGGUCGGCGUCUCUCCCCGGGGGCUCAGAAUAGCCCUGUCCUCAGCAGACAGGCCUCGUUGGGACAGGGGUCCCAGCGGAGCCCGGUCCUCAGUCGACAGCCCUCCCUGGGUCAGACCCUGCAGAGCAGCCCUGUGCUCAGCAGACAGCCGUCUAUCACACACCCCCAAGGGAGUCCGGUUCUGGGCCGGCACCCGUCUGUGUCGCAGGUGUCCCAGAGAAGCCCCAGUUUGGACCGUCACCCCAUGCACAGCGGCUACACCACCCCAGACGAGAGGCACGGGAACCUGUCGAGGCAGAGCAGCUCCUCAGGCUACCAGGGACCACCCACUCCCUCCUUCCCCAUCUCGCCUGCAGGCUUCCAGGAUGGGGGGAUGAUGGGGAUGGGUGUAGGGUUCCGGCAGGGCAGCCCAGCCCCGGGCCUCCAGCCCCAGCUUCCAGAGAAGAGGCGCAUGUCGAGUGGUGACAGACCGAAUGGAGCGAUGUCCUAUGGCACACUGAACGGGAAGAUAAUGCCUCCAGUGGCUGGAGGAAGCACGCUGGGAUACUUCCACACCCUCUCGGACUUCUCCAGGUUCAAUAUCCCUGAUGGAAAUCCUGACUCCAGACUGAAUGUCAAGUUUGUCCAGGACACGUCCAAGUUCUGGUACAAGCCAGACAUUUCCAGGGAGCAAGCCAUCGGCCUGCUGAGGGAGAGGGAACCUGGAGCCUUCGUGAUCCGGGACAGUCACUCGUUCAGGGGGGCAUACGGCUUGGCCAUGAAGGUGGCCUCUCCGCCGCCCACCGUGCAUCAGAGCAAGAAAGGGGACGUCAGCAACGAGCUGGUGAGGCACUUCCUGAUCGAGAGCAGCCCGAAAGGAGUGAAGCUGAAGGGCUGUCCCAACGAGCCUUACUUCGGUUGUCUGUCGGCGCUGGUCUACCAACAUGCCAUCACUCCCCUGGCCCUGCCCUGCAAGCUGCUCAUCCCGGCCACAGAUCUCCUGGAGGAGGCCCCGGCGGUCGCGACCACGAACCCGCUGGUAGAGCGGCUGAAACAAGGAGCAGCAUGCAACGUGCUCUACAUCAACUCAGUGGACAUGGAGUCCCUCACGGGGCCUCAGGCUGUGGCCAAGGCCAUCUCCGAGACGCUGGCCGCCGCCGCUCCGCCCGCCGCCACCGUGGUGCACUUCAAGGUGUCGUCUCAGGGCAUCACGCUGACGGACAACCAGAGGAAGCUUUUCUUCCGACGCCACUACCCGAACAACACUGUCACGUUCUGCGACAUCGACCCUCAGGACAGGAAGUGGAAGAAGCCUGAGGGAGGCACAUCCAAGCUGUUUGGCUUCGUGGCUCGAAAGCAGGGAAGCACAACGGACAACGUCAGCCACCUCUUCGCCGAGAUGGACCCCGACCAGCCGGCCAGCGCCAUCGUCAACUUCGUCCUGAAGAUGAUCGCCGCGCAGAAGCAAUGAGCGCCAGCAGAGAACCCACUUUCUUUUAUGACUUUCCUUUUUAACCACAGACACUUGCUUUUCUGAUUUGGAGAAAAAUUAGCCUUUGGUUUGACGCGCCACCUUAUUUUUUCCUGCUCUGUAAGGCAAAUGUGUGUGUGUGUCUGUGUGUGUGUGUUCGUGUGAGUGAGUGAAAGGUGACAUGACAGAGAGUGUGUGUGUGUGUGGUGUGUUUGUGUGCAUGUGGCUUGCUUGCAUGUGCUUUUUCUUCUCGGACGGACUCCAGAAUGAACCAGAGGAAGUGCAGGAUGGGGGGAGUGGCUGUGAUUGGACGGUGUGGGUGGGGGGGGGGGCGUGACUCACGAAACAGGAAGAGGGAAUGACAUGAUGUGUGCAACUGUUGUUUUUUUUAAGAAGAAGUCAAGUUGAGUGAUGUAAAGGAGGAUUGUGUAUCUAUCAGGCUUUCGACUGGUCAACCAAAGAUUUUUUUUUUUUUUUUUUUUUUUAAAGCAGUCAGGGCGUGUGUAGCUUGCCGUCGUCGGGGGGGCAGAAGUAUUCUUUUUUGUAAAACAAAUAUGGCUGCUUAAUCAAAACUUACUGAACUGUUUUUUGUUUUUGUUGUUGUUGUUCCUGUAUGUACUGAUACUGUAGCUCCGCUCGGCGCCGCGUGGCCAAGCCGUGUCCUCGUUCGGGACACGUGUUGUGCGACCGGCGAGUUUGUGUGUAAAUAUUCUCGGCUGCUUUCUGAGUAGGACUGUUCCAGACGACGUGUGGUGCCUGACUUGUUUUUCUAAUGCGGAGCUUUGUAAGAGAAAGAAGAAGAAUAUAAAACUUCAAUAUGCAAAUAGACAGACUUUUGAAAAAAACAAACAAACAAACAAACAAAAAAGGUUCGGAAAGACGAGCUUCCUGUCGGCCUCCAUCCUCUGCUCUGCUCACAGCUCAGCCUCCAGUUGUUUUGUGUGUGUGUGUGUGUGGGGGGGGUGGGGAUCUUCUUAGAAAAGUUUUAUCGUGCCCCCCCGCUCUUCAGUUUCCUGCCUCGAAAAGUUUUCCGUCAAUCGAGAGAAGCUCCUUUUUGCGUCGGCCGGCCAAAACUGUUAACACUCACACCCUACCCAAAAGUAAGCUAUACUUAUAAAUAUACAUAUAUAGAUAUAUAUAUAUAUAUAAAAAAAACUUUCAAACAGUGACUUAAGAUAUUUAUUUUUGUUGCUUUGUUGCUCUGUUAUCUUGUAUACAUGUAUGAUAUAAGUAUACAUCAAGAUUACUGAAAAGUGAGAAGAGAAAAGUUGCUUUUUUUUUAUUUUGGCUAAAGUCAAGAAGCGUUGACGUAUAUAUGAGUUGUAAAGUGUGUGCAUUUAAAAAAAAGUGUAUCACUGUUGUGUUUUGAAUGUUUUUUGUUUUCACAGCAUUACUUCCUUUUGUUAACAUUCUCGUUUUCUCGGGGAGGCAUUUUGUUGUUGUUGUUGUUGUUGUUGAUUUUCUUAUCUUUUUUUUUUAAUAAGAGGGGAAAUAUUUUGUGUGAGAGAUUGUUGUUACUGAAGUCCAAAUUGGAGUUUUCCUAAAGUGAUGCAAGCAACGUUGUUUUUGUUUAACUUAAACCUGCCUGGAAAAAAUACAUUGUCCAAGUUUAGCACUUAACAUGUUAAAGUAUUAUCGGUGUGUUUCUACAGCAAAUAGACGAGACGUGAACUUUGAACACGCCCCCGGUUCACGUCAUCCACACAGAAGGAGAAAAGUUCGAUCCCCAGACUCUUCUUUUUUUCAAAGGGAGUCAGUUCAGUGAGUAGCUGCUGCCCUCAUGUGGUGAAGAGCGGUCAUUACAAUGGAACCCCACUUUUAUUCUGAGACAGUGUUUUAGCUGUUGUCACGGCCGGUUGGAUUGUUGGAGGUAAAUUUGAUCACUGAGAAAAUGAACUAAAAUAUGAAUUUGAGUUGGGAUCCCAGUGCGUUCUGUGUAAACUGCCCAUUCGAGCCCCUGUAGGAGAUCUGAGUGUGCAGAGGUCACGUCCCUUUUUAUUUUUGCCUGAUGGCAGCAUGAUGUAAAAUAGUGAGAUGAAGUUUAGUAUUGGGGGGUGGGGGGGCAUCAUUAACUCAAAUGUACUUAUAUAAAAAGUAAAACAAAAAAUACAGCACUUACAGGGCUUUUUCUUAUUAUAUCUGACUAGAACCUUCUAUUAUUUAUUAGAAAGAAUCUGCACGCUCACGUCAGCCAGUAACCGGCUGACUGAAACCAGUAUACGUACUGGUAUACCCAGUGUCCUCACGUCCUUUCAGAUCGAUGCCCACAACUUACGAGACAGAAGAAUCUAUAUUUUUGCCUACGAGAGAAGAGGGAUCUUCCUCCUCCUCCUCCUCCUCCUCUUCAAACUGAAUGUCCAGUGGCGUCGGCCCACUUCCACAGAUCAGAGCGGACUGUUAGAAUGUGUGUGAAUGAGCUACUGUGCCUGUAUAGAGCUUUGUUACUUUUGGUUUGCUACAGUGUAUGGCUUUUACUAUUUCUGAUGGAAAAAAAAACACAUUAAAAAGCAGUACAAAUCAAAAAUA